UUAAACAACAAUAAAGCGGGACACAAAACCGUAUCUUUGUAAAAGAAAAAUCGCGGGAUGUUCGGGAUUUGUUUUUAUUAUUCAUUGUGAUUUGAGAAUAGCCGGUAUUUUGGUCUUCUACUUCAAACAAUGAGCGAAAGGAUGAAUAAGACGAUUUUAGGGGCGGCGGCCGUAGCCCCACCGAAGCCGGUACCCAUGAAGUUAUUUGCUACAUGGGAAGUUGAUAGGACACCCAGUAACUGUAUCCCUAGAUUAUGUUCUUUAACGUUAACUCGUUUGGAAGUACUUCGUCCGUUGGGUAACGACCUCUCCUCGAUAUCGAUAGCCGUGAAAAUGCAAUCGAAUAAACGAAUCUUACGUUCGAACGAGUUCACUUUGCCUUCGAACGGACUGUUAGAUACCGGCCUCGAAUUGGCCUUCAGUCUUCAGUAUCCGCACUUCCUGAAACGUGACGGCAAUCAUCUCCACAUUUUAUUGCAACGUCGCAAACGUUACAAAAAUCGCACGAUGCUCGGUUUUAAAACGUUAGCGGAGGGCGUGAUUCGAAUGGAUCAAGUAUUACAAAAACAAAUGGAUAUUGAUUUGGACUUGAUGGCUGAGGGUGGUGGUAAAGAAAAAGCGUCAUUUCCGGCCGCGCGGAUUACGAUUAGCCAGUUGAAUUCGACGCCGGUUGAUCAGGAACACAAAACGGAGAGGGAUCGGGAUUUCAGUGAUGAGGAGGAUGAGUUUAGUUCCGGUGAAGAAGAACCGGUUGAUUUAUCGGAUUCGGAACCGUUGAGAAAAUUACCACAUACCAGGCAUAAUUUUAAGCAACGGUUUGUGUCGUUAUUGAAGAAAUUCCGAAUGGCUGAUACAGAAGAAGGUAGAACAGCUGCUUUACCAAAUCCAAGCGAUAUCCAAGCACUUUUCCAAGAAUUAGAAUCGUUAAGUUGCGAUGAUGAUUCUCCUGGUGAACAGGAUACGAUGUCUAUAUCGAGUACUCCAAAGCCAAGUUUGAGACCGUUUUUCAGUAGUAGUCGAAGUUUAUUGGAUACCCCGGGUGGUACACAUCAAGAAUUGGAGCAACGUUCCGGUGACGAUAAGAAUUGUUCUGGAAGCGAUGGAAAUGCGGAUCUUUGCGGUACCGAUUACGAGGCUCAAAGUGAUCCUCAAACAGGAUCUCCGCCCAGGGAUAGAAAUAUUCUUAAAUUUCGUGGCGCAACCGAUAUCGAUAAUUUAACGGAAAUCAUGGAGAGGAAGACUAAAUUGUUUAGGACAAGCGCUUCCGUUACGAAAAAGAAACAUUCUCUUAGUGCUUCUAGUAGUGAUCAACAAGGGCCUGGAAGUACUAGUCCAGAAACUAUUACGGCCAGAAAAGUUUUUUUGGAGCAAGUAUCCCGUAUACUUCCAAUAGAAGAAGCGAUUCUCCCAGACUGUGUAGUAUUAAUAUCCGGUCCAGAGCCACAAGCAACGUCUUUAGUACCACGUUUAGCGCCGCUUCACCGGAUCUUCCAACCGACAUCCGCUCCGGAAGGUCGUGCCGUAAUUACUACGCUUUUCAGCAAGAUCCAAAAGUAUUGUAAUACCUGUGCCAAGCUCUCGAACCCCGUAAAACUCCUUUUAAUCGGCGGCGAUCAUCUCGUCGGUUGGGCUUUACGUCCGUAUGUUGAUUUAAUGUCAACAAAACCUCCAGAUUGGCUCAAUUACAUCAAAUUUUAUAUAGUUCCUUUUCCAAGUAGUAGCGUGGCGAGACAUUUAGCUACUUUAGAUUCUGGAUACGGCGCUUUAUUUCCUCCAGAUCAAGAUUUAAAAUUGGACGAAUUAUCGAAUCGUAUCCAAAGAUACUUGGCAACUCCAACAACGAACGCACCAACGGCUCAGCUUCCUUUAGCCGAGGCAAUGUUGAACUGUCAAGACGAUUCGAUGCAACAAUUCGUGCCAUUCGUAAAUGAAGUUAGAGUUGGACCAUCGGAUUCCGCUUUAUCCAUAUCCGUUGAUUUGGAGGAUCUCAUGUGUUCUAGUCCGCCGGCUCCGCCCCCGGCACUUACGCCCCCAUCUUCGCCAAAUGUACAAACGCGCGAGUCACCGUGGGAGCCAUUAGAACUUCAAGUUGAUUAUUGGCAAUUACCAAGAUCGAGCGAGAAGACUGAUAAAAAUAAACAGGACGGGAAGACAUCACUUAAAGCUUUAUUCCGGGGAUUACAAGCUACCCCUGGAUUGAGUUUGACGAUGCAUUUGGCUAGUAAAGAAAAGAAACAGAAAAUUAUGCGGUUAGGUAAAAAGAAGGAGAGAGAAUUGGAAGCUAAGAGUCAGUGUGUUGAUGGUAUAUCACGAUUAAUUUGUUCUGCAAGGGCUUCGCAUACAUCACCAAUGAGAGUAUUAAUUGAUGGAGCAGAAUGGACAGGAGUAAAGUUCUUCCAAUUGAGUUCAACGUGGCAGACGCAUGUUAAACAGUUAUCGGUAGCCCUUGUAGGUGUACCAUUAGCAUGUGCUGACUAGUAAUUAUAUAAAAUAAAGGAGAAAACCCUCGACAAUACUCGCUCAACUUUCUCGUGUGUAUUUAGACUGCGCUACGCACUGUGUGUUAUUAAACGUUAUAAUAAUAAAUGUGAUAAUAAUAAAUUUAGCUGUUUGCUGAGCACUUUUUGUAUCUUGCGAUGAGAAGGAAAAAAAAAAACAUUUUGAAUUGAAAGUCGGAUUACAAAUAAAAUUAAAAUACAAAUGCCAUCGAUAAGACUGAGGAACUUCCUGAACGAAUACAAAAAUAAACUAAUACUUAUGUAUUGAAACAAUUACUCACCAAAUUACAAAAAUAAUAAACUGGAAAAGAUUUUGAAACGUUGGAAGUGAAGUCGUCCUGUAUUUGCACUGUAGAAGGACAUAAUAUAUUGCGAUGUUCUGUGAUUGUAGCAGCUCAUUCCAGGUUUGGAGCGCGGUUUUAUAAGGGAUGCUUUUAGAUGGAGAAACUCGCGCCCCAAAAACCAAAGACGUAUUUAUGAGUAGCUUAUAGAUGCAAUAUUUGACAUGUUAGUACUGUUUUAUUAUUAAGAAACGUAUAUAUACAUUACAUAAAAAGUG